AUGCCUCCCAAAGGGAAAGGUCCAAAAGGAACACUAAAGCCUUCUGUUUUAGACCCUCUAUGCACUUUUUGCGGGCUUCCUUUCAAGUCAAAGGGCAUAACACAGCACCAAAAAUCAUGCAAAUCUCGUCCUGAGGCAGUUGCUUCAGAUGCAAGAUCCAGGGCAUUUGAGGAACAGGUACAACAAGAGGGGUUAUUGGACCCUUUUAUCCCUGUGAUUGGGCCAAGCUCUGCCUACACUCCUCUUGGUAGGUAUACACAUACUCAAUUGCAAGCAGGAAAUGUGGAAAAUACAAUAUUCAAUGAAAAUGAAACGAUCAACAACACCGAUAACAACAACACCGAGCCCCAUGGUGAAGUCCAUACUGACGAAGGGUCCUCUAGUCCAUUUGAGCAGGCACCACAGCUCAAUGACAUCAAAGUGGAGUACCAUCCAAGAAGCGGACGCCAACCUCAAUUCUUUAGCUUUGAUGAGUACAAAAGCAAUUUCCAGGAUCUCGAUAGUGUUGACAUUCCAGUUGAUCCCGAGCCAUGGAAACCUUUCUGUUCUCGUCUCGAUUUUGAACUGGCAGAAUUGAUUCUUGAUACCCACAUGAAUAAGAAUCAAACGAAUGAACUCAUCUCCCUCAUCCAUCGAUGUAUUCUAGACCCCAAGUCUUUUACCUUGAAAAAUGAACCUGACUUGUCAAAAAUUUGGGAGAAUGCUGCAAAUCGGGCAACUAAGUUUGAGAAAACAACAAUCACAGUAGAGUAUAAUGAUGAAGAUAAACCCUUUGACGUUUGGACGCGUCCAUUGUGGAGUUGGGCUGAGGAACUUCUUCUCGACCCCCACCUUGCCAGGGAAUUUCAUUGGGAUGCUGAACAUCAUUACAGAUUUAAUGGGGAGACUUAUGAACGAUUCAUUGAUGAGCCCUGGACAGCUGAUGCAUGGUGGGAAAUUCAAGCAUCGCUUCCACCAGGAGCAGUUCCUUUUUUUUUCAUGGUGUAUGCAGAUAAAAACAGGCUAUCAUCCUUUGGCACUGCAAAGGGCUACCCUGCCAUUGCUGUUUGUGCCCAUCUUCCAACAUCGAUUCGAAAUGGGGAAAAGAGGGGGAAAAGAGUUUGUGUUGGAUGGUUUCCAGUUGUAAGAAGAUUUCUCAUCAAUUAUAAUUGCAUGCAGCUUACCCAUAGAGCCAUGCAGUUGCAAGAAGACUCAGGUGAAACUGGAAAAAAGAAAUAUGUGAAUUUCAAAAGAGUUGUCUGGCAUAAGGCAUUCUAUGAAAUCUUGAAGUCUGUUGAGCAAUAUGCAGAAACUGGCUACCACCUAACAACUGCUGAUAUUGAACGGUGGAUGUUUCCCAUUGUGCUUAUUGCAUCUGCAGACUAUGAGGAGCAAUGUGUUAUUGCCCUCAUUCGUGGGGUCAACAGCAAAUUUCCCUGCCCAGUCUGCCUCAUUCCUGGGGAUCAGCUUGCCAACCUUUCAUCAGACUUUCCCCUUUGUUUUUCCUCUGACAUGGAAAAGAUUUACAAGUCCACAAUAGGACUUAAUGCCUCUGAGACAGAAGAAACCUUGAAGAAUGUUGGUCUUCGGGAUGUUGAGAAUGUUUUUUGGAAAUUUCCUCGCACUGAUAUUCACCGAGCAAUUUCUUGGGAUCGCCUUCAUGCAUAUCAUGGAGGUUUAUUCUCAGAUCAUAUCUGGGAAGAGGUUAAAAGUGUAGCUGAGGAACUUGGAAAGGGUGUCUCGAAGUUGAUUGAUACCCAGGUUGAUGCUCUCCCUACUUGGAGUGGUUUAAACCACUUUACCUCCAUUAUAAAGACAGGUGAAUUUGCUGAUGGAAGCAAGUAUGAGGACAUGUCGAAAGUUCUUAUCUUUGCACUCCACAAUAUUUUUACAAAGGAAGCAUCUCCUCGAGGAUAUCAGCUACUCAAGCUUCUGCGAAGCUAUGUUGAACUUGAUAUGUAUGCAUCUCUCAAGGUUCAUACAGAGACAACUAUUCAAAAAGGUCGAGAGGAACUGUUGGUUUUUGAGAAAGCACUUCAUGAAUAUAUGCCAUUUAACCCAGCUAAAUCGUGGUCAUUUCCAAAAGCACAUACACAUAAGCAUAUGUUUGACGAUAUCCAGCGAAAAGGGGUGACACGAAACUAUAAUACAAAGCCCAAUGAAAAAUGUCAUGGUGCAUUCAAAAACAGCUACAAGUUCCGAACAAAUUUCAAGAAUGUUGCACCACAGAUACUCAAAUUUGAUCAUGCCGAUUUAGUUGCAACUGUCAUCCGCGAUGACAUUGACUACCUUGAUUUAUCCCAGGCAGAAGCAUCUGCUGAAGAUAGCCAAAUCCAGGUGACACGAAACAUCAUUGGAACGGCCCAUGUAUCCUUGGGUUCUCAAUGUGCACCAGUUGCAUUUUCAGACCUUGAGGAUGAACACAGUUCAGACUCUGCAUUCAAAGAUUUUCGCAAGAAGAUUGGACGCUUUUUUACAAGAUAUCUUGGAAGAUCAGUAAGGUUUGGACCAAGUGAUCAGAUCAAUCCCUUUCAAUUGCUAAGAGUUAACUAUGAAUCAAAAGAUGACUGGUGUGUAGCCACCGACCUUCUUCGUGCCAACCCAAAAUUCCAUGGCAAGCCACGAUAUGAUUGCAUCAUUGUCAAGAUUGAUGAGGAGAAGUAUAUCUUUGCACGCUUACUCUACAUUUUUGGACUUCAAGUUCUUGACAAGGAGUAUCACAUGGCACUUAUCCUACCCAUGGAUCUUCCACCUGAUUUGGAGAAUCGUGGACGGGAUAAUGACCUUUGCUUCAAUCGAGUCAAGGCCCGACAUCGCUCACUCUCAGUUUUUAUCUCCGUUGAAUCAAUCAUUCGUGGAGGUCUUCUUGCAACAGAUUAUGGAUCACAAUAUUCAGAUGAGUAUCUGGUGAUGGACAUGGAUUCGGAUAUGUGGUUGAGGAUGAAGUCAUUACCCCUUGCACGCAGAGUAGAUUUAGGUCACUGA